CGCACCACCUUGAAACCGGUCUGACAGUGUCAAGUCACCUGAGAGGAAAAAAAGAACUGUAUAGUUGUUGAAUUUAUUUAAAACAGAUGCGGGCAUGAAGGUGAAGAAGUUUAAGUGCACGAGCUCAAAAGUCCCCGUGUUAGUCGUUUGACGUCAACACUUCGUUUCGAGCUUGUGUUUGUGUGUGUGUCUUAGCUUGGCAUUUGUUUUUCUAUGUAUGAACUUUUGACAAUUUUGUCGCGUGGCUGAAAAACCACGCCAUCAAAACAAUCGAGUGUGUCCGUUUGGCGUCCCCGUUUGGAGGCGGCAGGCAGUCCCGGCUGGGACGGACGCUGACAUUUAGAAUAACACAGCCGGUCAUCGACUCCCUCCACCCUCGGGGAACAGCAACAUGCCUGUGCGACAGAAAGAUGCUCAAAGAGCCCUCGAGCUUCUUCAGCAGUACCGGGACAAAUUAGAUCAGAGGCAGCAGAGGCAGAUGAGACAGGGCGCUGUUGAGGAAGAUCACCAACUUCACCAGUCGCUGGACAGAGUCAUCAACGUGUUCCAAAGCCAGCUCUUUAGUGCCCUACUUGACAUUCAGGAGUACUAUGAGUUAACUAUCCUUGCUGACAACCAAAGUUCACCCAAACUAAUAGCUGAGGCAGUGACAUCUCCCUCCUCCGUCAACCUACAAGCAGAAUUUGCGGCGGUGUCGGAGCCCACUUCUAGUCAGCUCCCCAACCCAACUUCAGGAGGACUAAGUCAGCCAAAAUGCAUAUCUCCAAAACCCAAGUCCAUUAAGUCUCCUGCUCCUUCACUCCCAUCUGUGACACCCACAAAACAACCAGCAUCACCUCCAUCGCAGUCUUGUGUUUCUCAGUCACAACCAAACAAGGUGAAGUACCGUGCACCGCCUCCUCCAAUCCAGGAUAGGGACUUGACGUCGACUGUGGUGGACAUUUCUAAUCCCUCGUCCCCCUCUGCAAACACAUCUGGAGCUAUGAAGAACGGUGUGAUAUCCUGCACAGAGCCUCCGUCAAUAACACAGAAUUCGUUCCCACAAAAUGGUUCAAACGCACCUCUUGAUGCCACCAACAUCGUUUCACCUUCAGAAUGCUCCUCCACUGCUCCUGAACAACAAACAAGUCUUACCAGUCCAACUGAUCUGGUGACUGUUUCAAGCCUCGUCUUGGGAACCAUCCAAGGCCUAAUGUCUCACUCUACGCCAGACAAACUCACCCAGCCCAGCACCACUCCUCACACCAGCCUGGAUCCCAACACAAUCACUGCGGCUACCAUCUUCACUUCGACUGUCACAGCCAAUGAGGAUGGAGGCUCAGGCAAAAAUACUCCAGUAUCAAGUCCUAUGACUCCGAGCCAACUAAAAUUUACAUCUGGUCGCCACAGUCCGAUCAAUCCCUCAGAGCCCCAAAGCAAAGGACCCCCAAAGAGCCCUGAGCCACUGAAAGUCAUCCCCUCUCCCACUAGCCCUGGUCCAGCCAGCCCCAGAGCUGUUCCAAGCCCAGGGGUCAAGAAGUAUCGAUAUCCAGAAGAGGAAGGUGCAUCGCUAGGCCCACCAAAAUUCCACCAACAUACCUGCCAUCAGCACCCAAUGGGAGUUACCAAAGAGUUGACUGAUGCAAGGACUCUCAGGAAGGAAGGGAUGGAUCAGGGGACCUGGAGAAGAGAGAAAGGGUUCAGUGGAACUUUGGAGAGAGACAUGGGUAGGGACAUGGAAAGCUCACUGAUGAGGGAUGGAUCUCUUUGUCGCCGUGAUCUCCACGGGGCAGAGCUGGUUCAGGUGGCAGAGCGACAGCUCUCUCAGAUUCAGCAUGUCCACGGAUACGUCACUCACGCACACAUCACACCUGCUCAGGCCAACCCUCCUCCAUUGGUGGUCAACACAGACAGUGUCGACACGCCCCCAUACCAGGUCAAUGGAACAGAAGCAGAAUUUGAAUAUGAGGAAAUCACAUUGGAACGGGGUAACUCAGGUUUGGGCUUCAGUAUUGCAGGAGGGACUGAUAAUCCCCAUAUUGGAGAAGAUCCUUCCAUCUUCAUUACUAAGAUUAUACCUGGAGGGGCCGCAGCACAAAAUGGACAACUCAAGGUGAAUGACUCCAUAGUCCGAGUAAAUGAGACUGAUGUCAGGGAAGUGACCCACAGUGGAGCGGUGGAGGCACUGAAGGAUGCUGGAGGUCUCGUCAGACUGUGUGUACGACGCAAGAAGAGCCUUAAUGAUAAAAUCUUGGAUAUCAAGUUAGUGAAAGGACCUAAAGGUCUCGGAUUUAGUAUAGCUGGUGGAGUUGGAAAUCAACACGUUCCAGGUGACAACAGCAUUUACGUGACAAAGAUCAUUGAGGGGGGUGCGGCUCAAAAAGAUGGUCGGCUACAGAUCGGGGACAAACUCAUAGCUGUAAAUGCCUCCUCUUUAGAGGAGGUUACUCAUGAGGAAGCAGUUGCAGCCCUGAAGUCGACACCAGAUGUUGUUUAUCUACGCUUGGUCAAACACACCUCUGUCUUUAUCAAUGAAACCUUUCCGCCUCCUGAUGUCACCAAUUCCUACCCUCCACAUCAGGACAAUCACAUCAGCCCCUACAUGAGCGGGAGCCAGUCUGUUAGCCCUGCCCCACUGACCACGCCCAGAUACUCACCAAUGCCCAGGUCCCUGACUGCAGAUGAUGAUCUCACAAGGGAGCCGAGGCGUGUGAUGCUCCAACGAGGGUCUACGGGUCUCGGUUUCAACAUCGUUGGGGGAGAAGACGGAGAGGGAAUCUUCAUCUCCUUCAUUCUAGCUGGUGGUCCAGCUGAUCUUUGUGGGGAACUCCACAAGGGUGACCGCAUCCUCUCGGUGAAUGGUGUCGACUUGUCGAUUGCAACUCAUGAGCAGGCCGCUGCAGCUCUGAAGAAUGCAGGACAAACGGUCGCCAUCGUAGCGCAGUAUAGGCCAGAAGAAUACAGUCGUUUUGAGGCAAAGAUCCAUGACCUGAGGGAACAGAUGAUGACCAGCAGUGUCAGUUCCAGUUCCACGUCACUUCGAUCCACUCAAAAGCGCACACUCUAUGUCAGAGCGCUCUUCGACUAUGAUGGAAGCGCAUCCGACUUGAGCGCCCCAAAUCAGGUUCUGCCCUUCCGCUUUGGAGAUAUCCUUCAUGUGAGCAGUGCUGGUGAAGAAGAGUGGUGGCCUGCGCGUCACCUCAGCCCCCCACCCCCGAACUGCCCAGAGGUUGGAGUCAUCCCCAGCCGUAGAAGGGCCGAGAAAAAGGAGAGAUCAAGGUUAAAGACAGCCGCCGUGAUGAGGACUCAGGAUAGAUCGGAUCAAGACGAAAGGGCUGGCCAGGAGGAGACUUUGUUAAUCUACCAAGCAGUUAUCCAGCAGGAAGUGAAUUACACAAGACCGGUUAUUGUGCUUGGACCAAUGAAAGAUCGAGUCAACGAUGAUCUCAUUUCGGAGUUUCCUGACAAAUUUGGCUCCUGCGUCCCACACACAACUCGGCCACGGCGGGACUAUGAAGUGGAUGGCAGAGAUUAUCACUUUAUGGCCUCCAGAGAGCUAAUGGAACGAGAGAUCCAGGAGCACAAGUUCAUUGAGGCGGGACAGUAUAACAACCACCUGUAUGGAACCAGUAUACAGUCCGUUAAACAAGUCGCUGAAAAGGGUAAACACUGUAUACUGGAUGUAUCCGGAAACGCUAUUAAGCGUCUGCAGCUGGCAGGCCUGUAUCCUAUCGCCAUUUUCAUUAGGCCACGCAGUGUUGACAACAUCCUAGUGAUGAAUAAGCGGUUUACUGAGGAGCAGGCAAGGAAAUCCUAUGACAGAGCUGUCAAACUGGAGCAGGAGUUCACAGAAUAUUUCACUGCUUUUGUCCAUGGCUCAACUCUAGAGGAAGUGUAUUCGCAGGUGAAGCAAAUCAUUGAAGAGCAAUCGGGUCCUUACAUUUGGGUGCCCACGAAGGAGCGGCUCUGAGUAAAUGCACAAUAUGGCUUGUUUUUGCUCUUCCACACCCACACACACACACACACGCACCUCCAUGUUUUCUCACUCACACGGAUACCAAUACAUAACGCUGAACGAGGCUGAGACUGAUCUGGAGAUUGCAAACUCCCCCUUCUUGAGGGUCGAGGAGCUUAUGUCUUUCCAGCAGCCCACUGGUGGAUCUUCCUACAGCUGAGUUCCUUAAUGUUUAAGGACGUGGUUCAAAUCACUUGUAACAUGUACCGUCAUCUGAUUUAUUGAUUUCAUUCUUGUGUGUUGUUGUUGUUGUUGUUUUCACAUACAAAGUAAACAAAAGGGAAUGCAUUCACCUAUGGGUUUGUAAUGAUAGUACUGUCACCAAGGAGAAGACUUUUGCACGCCGUAGCUUUAAGAGCAUGUUUAUGGGUACAGAAUCUCGUUCCUUCUUUUCCCAUCGUGUCUGUCAUAUUUCAUGGCAUCGCUCCACUUUAUAUUUGAAAAAGCUCUCUUUUACACUCUUUCUCUGACUUUUCCACCUUUCCUCUCUGAUCCUGCGGCUCCCCUGCCAGACUGCCUCAAGUUGAAAUAUGAGCUAAUGAUUGAAAUGUGCCCUGGCAUGUUGGACUCAAGGGCCGAGAUAGAAACGAUUACUACUUGGAAAUGUAGCACACUUCGAUACCAUUAUGAUGAUAAGUAGGGUUUAAUUGACAUGACAUGACAUGCAGAAAGUGUCAAAAAAAAAAAAAAA